AUGCUUUCAAAUAUAUCGUGAAGAAAUAGAUUGAAUCUUCGACAAAUCAUUUACCACAGGAGAACAACUCUCAGAAAAUUGACGCUCUAUUCUUUUAUUCAUACAUUUGUUAAUUCAUACGCAUAUUCAACCUUGACCGAAUAUUUUUAUGAAAUCUUAAUAAACAAUAGUUAGUUUUUCGUUGAAUUUUCUAUAUAUACUCAUAUUGAAACAAAAAAUAUUCAAAGGAAAUUAAUAAACAAUGACUAUUGGUGUUGCGCGGGUUCCUCAAAAAUUCACACUUUUAUUUUAAUCAGUUGGUAGGCUUUCUAACGUAUAUGUAUAGUCAUUCGUAUGUCAACAAACAAGAAUAAAAUACGAAAAUAACUGUCGUUUAAUUAAAUAAAAAAUUAUAAUUUUUAAUAACGAUUAAUAGAUAAAUUGUAUGAAAUUAAUCACAUAAAAAAUGGGCGUAUAUUUAUGGCAUGGCAAAUAUUUGAUAUCGCAUCAAUUUCAUCUAAUAGAGAAAAUACUAUGUCAACAUGUGUCUGAUCGUAUGUUGGCUACAUAUUUUGAUGAGGCCAUACCAUCAUAGCUCUGAGUUAUGUCUGAAAGCGAAGGAGAAGCGACAGCUCGGUCUGUGGCCUUGGAGCAGGCAUACGUCCAUGAAGUUUAUGAACAAUGUGCUGGUAAAACUACACAAAGUCGGCAUUGGCCGCGAAUUUAUAAAUUUCUUGAAGAACUUGAGCCUGGUGCUUUAGUUUGUGAUAUUGGCUGUGGAAAUGGUAAAUAUUUGAAUAUUAACAAUAGUAUAUUUAAAAUUGGAGCUGACAGGUGUAAAAGACUAACUAGUAUUGCCAGAGAAAAACAAAACGAGGUACUAUUAUGCGACAAUUUGGCAUUACCAUUUCGAGACGAAAGUUUCGAUGCAGUUUUAUCAAUUGCUGUAGUUCAUCACUUUGCUACCACUGAAAGACGCGUGAAUGCAUUAAAAGAAUUAGCUCGAGUGCUCCGAAUUGGAGGAAAACUAGUUAUUUCUGUUUGGGCGAUGGAACAAAAACAUAGAAAGUUUGAAUCCCAAGAUGUUUUAAUACCAUGGCCAAAAGCGUAUUGCUUGAAUUCAACAUGUAAUUGCGGCAGUAAAUUCCCUUGCAUUGAUUCUCACCGGGAUCAGCCAAGUCAAAAGUGCAUCUUAAAAUCAAAAACGAAUUGGCAAAAGUGCAAAAGUCGGAGAUAUUGGAUUGAUCCUAUUUUUAGUCCAUCUCCAUCAACCAGUAGUCUUUCUAGUCCAAAUGAAACUUGUUACAGCUUUUUUCGUCGUGCUUUGCAGAAAUUAGCAGGUGGUAAGCGACAUUCUGGCAAUCGAUCAUGGUUUCUAGAGUCCUUACAUGGUGGGGGAUACAAAAAUCAGCAUCAACAUUUCGAUCCUGAUGAUAAUUCUGACGUUGAUGAUAUACCUAUUGAACUUCGUCGUCUUGAAGAUGAACAUCUAAUUAUAAAUAAAGGAAAUGAUUCAUUGAGUAUUAAAUCUAAAAGUUUAGGUGAUAUUGUUGAAAUUCAGAGAACAGAUAUUGUUCGAUCAAGAUCUAGUAUUCCAGGUUUAUGUUCAACUGUUACUACAGAAGUAGAAUGUGAAGAUAAAUCUGAUAUUAAUGAACUUUUGGUUACUUCUAAGCCACAAUUAACUAAAAAAAUGUCUCAAGAAGAUAAAGAACAUUUAGAAGAAGGUUCUGACACUGCCAUACGUGAACUUAUGAAUGAUCUUACAGAAUUAGGAAUAUCGUCAAAUUUAUCAAAAAAACGUGGAAAUGUAUGCAAACAAAGUUCGAUGAAUGAAGAACUUAUGUCAAUGGAACGUUUAGUGGAACGUGAGUCUGUACGCCGUAAUAUUAUGAAACAAGCAUCACUUAAUGAAGAAAUGCUCCGUGAAAAUCAUAUGUUCGAAAAUUUAAAGGAUUCUAUAUCAUCUAGUGCAACGACUCGACGAUUUCAGUUGUUAAAAAGUGGCCUUACCAACCGGAUCAAGCAAUCUACAACUAGUUUGGAAAAAGUAGCAUCUAUUUCCAUAAAAAACGGUUUUGUUAAAAUUCUACAGAGCUGGAAAUCUGAUUUACAAUAUAAUAAUACUACUAACAAUAGUGAUAAUCAAGAUGACCAAGUUUUUGAAGACUCUAAGCUAAAAGUUGAAAAAUUAUCAUCAACGGUGACAAAAAAAGAACCAGAAACUGAACGUAGGUUAUCAAGAGAAGAUGGAUCAGAUUCAUCAAAAGAUAGCAGCCUUCAAAGUGAUGCUAGUGUUGAUUCUGAAGAUAGUUUUGUGUCGGUUAUUUAUGUGCCAAAGAAGGAUAUUCCACCAAUUGACAUGAUGCCAACAACCUCCGGACAUGAACAGUUAAGAACGACCUCUGCACCACCGUCACCUCGAAUAAAAUAUCCGCCGGAUCUUCAUGGACCACGAUUCAAGUUAAUUUCAAUUUCACCAUUGUUAAAGCAAUUUCCGGCUACAAGUAAGUCAUUGCCACCUCCCAGUCCACCUGGAUUAUCUCCGCGUACGCUUAAUUCAUUCAAUAGUCGGCUUUCUUUCAACAGUCAAAUUCCUAGCUUGAGUUAUAGUUUUGAUCAUCCAACUAACGUACCACCAGUAAAACCAGAACCAGUAACACCACCACCUGAAAUAGAUUCUCAAACAAAUAAUGACACACAAACAACUGAUAAGCCAGUAGAACCAGAAAAUGUUGAAAAAAUUGAAGACAAAGUAGAGGAUCAUCCGCCUGAACCGAUAACUACUAAACCUCCAAUAGCUUGUAGUCCAUCAACUGCUAGUCUUGUUGUCGAUAAAAAUGUAAAAUCCACCAAAAAUUCAACACCUAAAUUAUCAUCUAACAAAUUAGUUGAAAAAUCCAAAAAUGAUUCAACUGAGGAUGAAGAUUCCAGAAAAACAAGAUUAAACCAAAUAAAAGAAUUAUUAAAACAAAAGCCAGGAUUUGCUACAAGGUAUUCAAAGCCUGCAUUCCCACUUGUGAGGAGAGCAUCAACUGCUACAGUUGGAAGAUUAGAAACAGUUGCAAAAACACUACCAAGACUAUUGUCCCUAGAACUGUUUAAUCCAGAAACUGAUGAUUUAGAUAGUGAUUCGAGCGGAGUUUCUUCUCCUGAAUCUGGUGAUUCUGUAAUCAGUGUUAUAUCUGAUGAAAAAUUCAUUGUUAAGAAGAACGGUACUCUAGUUCCAGAAUCCGAAGUUCGAAAAUCUAAUGGUAAAAAUACAAAAAAUAAUACAGUACCCAAUGAAAAUAAUGAAAUUCCAACGUCAUCACAAUCUUCUAAAUUGCUCGAAGCUGCAGCAAAUGUUGCGAGUUCUCUAGAAAAUGCUGUAGACCAAGUAAUUAAAACAAGAUCUGAUUCAGAUAGUUUACACGAAGUUUCUAAACAGCCUGAAAAUGUUGUGCAAUCAUUCAUUGAAAACCAAAAACAACACGGAAAUUCCGUUGACGACAAAACAUGGAAUGAAGAAUGUAAGCGUGAUUUAAUUGAUUUCACUGAUAAAUUGAGUGAAAAUUUGAUUAAUGACAUUGAUCAGUAUUGCCAAAGAAAACGAUUAGAAUUAAAUAAUGAUCUAGAUUUUAUGUUAAAUGAUAAAAUAACAGAUGUUUCAAUGAAUUCAAAAAAUAUUGAAAUUUCUAAUUGCAAAUAUAAUGCAUUAGUUGAUAAUACUAUUGCUUGGCUUCAAAAUUCAACUGGUAAUCAGAAUCUUUCAGAAUAUGACAAUAAAUUAACUCUUAAUAGUAAAAUAAAUAAUGAAGUUACUCGUGAAGAAUCUGAUGAUAUGGAUUUUGUAAUAGUUUCAAACACUGGAGAAAUAGAAGAAAAUAAAAAAUCAAUGAAAUUUAAUACUAAUAAUUCUUCUCUUGACUCUAGUGAUAGUAAGAGUAAUCUUAAUAAUACAUUGAAAAUAAAUAAUGAUUCGGACACUAGUCAUAAAUCAUGUAGUUCGUCAAAUACAUUAUUUGAGUCUGCUAAUGUUAUGUACAAUAAAAACUUGAAAGAGAAAAGAUCACACGAAUUUGGACAACGAUCAGUAUCUGAGGAAACUACAGAAGCAGUCCAUGAUAAUCGAUUUGACGAAUUUAAAUCUCAUAAUUUUUCUGAAUCUUCAUCUCAAGAAUCAUUACCAUCAGACCGUGAAGGUGGGGCAGUAAAAUAUCAUCAAUAUUAUCAUGUUUUCCGAGAAGGCGAAUUAGAUCAAUUAAUAAAUAAGUAUGUCGAGAAUUUACAUAUUAUUUCAUCAUAUUAUGACCAUGCCAACUGGUGUAUUGUCGCAGAAAAAGUUCAGGUCUGGACUAUUUGACUUAGUUUUUAUUAUUUAUUAAUUUUCUAACAAUAAGUAGGAAAUUAAAGUUUUAUUUAAAAGGAAACGUCUCUAUAAGAGUAUUUAGAAGAAAAUGGUCGACUAGUAAAGCUUUAACAAUGUGUAAAUAUGUACUAUAAACAAAUAAAGUAUUUAAUCGGUUCAAAGAUUCCCAAAUAAAUUAUAUGUAUAUUCAAGUAAACAAUUAAAACGCACAGUUUAUUAGGUGACUCAUAUAAUUGAGUAUCAUUAAUAUAUCAUUAAAUCGGUUAAUUGUUUGGGUAUAUUAAAUAAUAAUGAUAAUAAUAAUAGUAGAAAUAAGAAGAAUAUCAAUGACACAGCUUGACCAACAUUUUAAGAAUGAAUAUAACAGAUUAUAUACGUAUUGUAAUAGUAUUAACACAUUAAUUAAUACUUAUCUAUAUGAGGUAGCGGUAUGAAAAUUUAUAAAUUAAUUAAUUAUUCAUUUAUUAAUCUAAUAAUUUACCAUAGUGUUCAUUGGUUU